AACAUGUUUUCAUUUCACACAGCAGUGCACCAUUACGGGUGUUGCGCAGUUUGGUGGCCGCCAUUUUGCGAUUAAAACAGGACGAAUUCGGCGAGAAGGCCCGGGGAACCCCUUCUACAUUCGCCCAUAUUUAUACCAGGAAAUCAUGGACCCCACCGGUGCGGUUGUGCAGCAGCCCAGGUACGAACAAAUGGUAGCCUAUAGCGAUGCUGACGUCGCUGUGCAGAUGCCCCCUGCAGUGCCGAUGGGUACCGUGGUUACCUCCCAGCCGACCACUACCACCACCAUCAUAAACAUCGGGCAGAGCAACUUCCUGUACCCUCGAGGCAUUCCACGUGACUGGUCUACGCCUCUCUGCGGUUGUUUUGAGGACUGUGUUGGGUGUCUGUGCGCGUUCUUCUUUUUCCCCUGCUACGAGUGUCACGUGGCCACCAAGAUGGGCCAGAACUGUUGCACGCCCAUCUGCGUGCCAAACGGCACCAUGGUGAUGAGGGCCCACGUCCGUGGACGUCAUAACAUCCAGGGAACGCUGAUCAACGACUGUUGCACCGUAACGUUCUGCACCCCGUGUGCGUUGGCUCAGCUUUCCCGCGAGAUCGACAACAUGCAGAGCGGGCGUGCCGCACCAUAAGGAGGCAUCGACAGCAGACAUCAAGGCCGGCUGGACAAGAACAGCUUCAUAACAACUUGUUUUACGGUCGUAGUACCUUAACAACCCUCGCAGGCUUCUUUAAAAACCAAGUUUCAUGGCUUUGAGUGUACAAGCAAUUCAGGUUUUACCGCAUUUCUGUGGUAAAAGUUAUAUAAAGCGCCAUUUAGGUUCCCAAUACACAUGCCUAAAAUUGUAACCGAAAAUGGUCCUUCAUUAGCUAGGCCUGUGCGGUCUGUGUACGCACUGUGCUUUAUCCAUUAAGAUGGUGUUUUAUUUUGCAAGUUGAACGAAUCAGAAGUUUGAAAAGGCUUUUCUUUUGAUCUCCAGCGAUGGAUGUCACUCUCAUGUGGAUGUUUGUUAUCGAUACUCGGGUCUCGAAUUUGAAUUCUUGUCAUGCAUGACCAGUGAGUGUGUAUCUUAGACGAUUGAUACCUGUCACAAAAAGUGGUCGACUUGUGGGAACUUUUUGUUGUCUAAAAACAAACAAUUUUGUUCAAUGGUGGAAAACAAGAAAAAAACCGAACCCAUGGGUUAACAGUGUAUUUUUUUAAACUUCUUUUAAUAAGAUUUUUCUGUUACAUUUUAAUCUUUGAUAAAGGCCACAAAUUAUGAAACUUGGCCUGUAGUGAGGCGUACCCAUUGAAAUAGAACUUUUUUAAGACACGGGAACGCAAAGAGUGAGGCUUCCAUCAGUAUCGCUACUGGUUGCGGCAGAAUUUGUAAACGGAAUCCCGUUACCCUUGCGGCUUCCAUCAUGUCGUCACUGUAAGUUUAUUAAACCUGUGCUUGGUGCCAUUUUUAUCAUUUGUAGACGGUGUUGAUACCGUAUUUCAUGUAGAAAGUAAAUCUCCACGUCGUGAGCAAGAUGUAGCCUUUUCUAUACCUGAAGCCGUGAUUGGACUAAGCCGGGGACCGGAAUUUUAGUCCUUCACUGCGGCAGCACCACGCUGGUUAUGAGGUGGUACGUGCGCGUCACAUUCCUGCCGAAUGCACCCGCGCCUCAAGUCUUAAAAGUCAUUUUCCCCUUGUGCGUCAGUUGCAAGUGUUCAGUCGACAUGGUACACGGUUCCGGAUGCGGAAAGGACCAAACAACGCAUACACAUUUGGGACUCUCUCGCGCGCGCGAGUUGUAGUACCAGCGGCUAGGGCGUCUCCUCGGGUAAAUGAGAGUGCCGGGGGAGGGCGUGUCAUCGAGAGUUGUAGUGCGGCUUGACCUCAAAAUAUUGGAAGGAGAAUUUUUCAGUAUCAAGUCUACGUUGAGUAGAAAUUUAGCUCCAGAAUACAUGGAGGCCUAUUAGGAUAGGAGAAAUCUGAAUUCGAAACUUUCGAAUGACAUUAGCUUCGGACGUUACAACAGAAUUUCACGACCAAAAUGAUUUUUAAAAAGCGUGCUUAUAUUUUUAACGUCUUUUAUCACGUAAAAACCUGUUUGCUUACUUAACUUGUUCAUUGUAUUUUAGUUUGUUUUGGUUUUGCUUUCGUGCGUUCUUGUUACUGCAUGCUUGACUUGUAAACAAUAAAGCAGAGUUGUAAACUCA